AUGGCACUCUAUCAAAAAACAAUUGAACAAUUCGAAGCAGUACUCAAAUGUGAUAUGAUUGAUUUAAAAAAACUCAAAAUUCUUGCAUUUAAUGGUUGUCCAGCUGAAAAUGGUAUUCGUAGUUUAACUUGGAAGAUUUUACUCAAUUAUCUCGUACUCGAUCAAACUAAAUGGUCAACACAUUUGAAUAAACAACGUGAAUUAUAUCGUGGUUAUAUUCGAGAAACAAUUAUAAAACCAGGUCUUACAACAACAACAACAUCAGAAUCUAAUGUAUUCGAUCAUCCAUUAAAUUCUGCACCGGAUAGUUCAUGGGCUGCUUAUUUUAAAGAAAAUGAAGUUUUAUUACAAAUUGAUAAAGAUGUUCGACGACUUUGUCCAGAUUUAUCUUUUUUUCAACGUGAAACUGAAUAUCCAUGUUCUGAAAUAUUAAAUCAAGAAGCUGGUUUUGAAAGUUUACGUAAACGUAUUGAAUCAACAUCACUUAAAGUUGAAUCUCAAAUUGAAUCACGUUUAACUGGUAGAUUAGAAUUAAUAUAUCAAAAUAAAACAAAUCAUUCAUCAACAACAUAUGAUAUUAAUGAAUAUCAAUUAUUACCCGAUGGACAUGAGGCACAUUGGGAAGUUGUUGAAAGAAUUUUAUUUAUUUUUUCAAAACUUAAUUCAGGACAAAGUUAUGUACAAGGAAUGAAUGAAAUUAUUGGACCUAUUUAUUAUACAUUUGCAACAGAUCCAAAUUUAGAAUGGAGAGGUUUGUUCUGUUUUUUGAAAUUAAAGAAAUCGGCCACCUUUUCGGAGAAUGAAAAUUGAAAAACUUUUCGAUUUUUCAUUGUUAAUACAGGUUCGAACUGUCCGAUGUCUAAUAUCAUAUAAAUGAGCGAUCUUCUUUGUUAUUUAGUACUUAUAAUGAUUAUUUCCCAUUCCAAAGAUGCUUAGAGUAUCGGUCAUGGACUUGUCAUAUCGUCAGUUUUCGAUCACUUAAGGGGACCCCCUUUCCUGAGCCAAAAACUUUUUUUUUCGAUUUUUUCUUUUUUUCGUGUAAAGGUGUAUCAAGGUCCCCUCUAUGUAUGCUAUAAAAAUCAGAACCAUCAAAGGUCGGGAAGUCUCUGAAAAACCAGUUUUUUUGGAGACCUAUGCAUUAAAAAAAAUUUUUUUUUUUUAACAUAAAGUUAUAUUAUGAUAUGGUAUACCUAUACUUACGUAUAAGCGGGAAAAAAAAUUCUUCUACAAGUUUCUUUUAUUUUGCAUCUUUCUCGAAACUAGUUUUUUGGGUAUCAAAAACCAGUUUUCCCCCUUUUUCUCCGCCAUUUCAAGUCCGAUCGGGCUGAAAAUUGUUUUGAUGAGACUUCAAGUGAUUUGGGUUCGGUAUUUUUUUUUUUUUUGGAU